AUGAAAAUAUUAGAAGAUCAAACUCGAAUUUCCAGUACGCCACAUUGGGCCAGUCCAGAAACAAUACAAGGAACAACAUACGGAAGAAAAGCAGACAUAUGGAGUCUUGGAUGUAGCGUUGUCGAAAUGUUCACAAAAAAUCCUCCAUGGCAUGAAUUAUCACCAAUAGCUGCCAUUUUCCAAAUUGCCACAUGUGAUAAGCCAAAGUACACUUUACCGGAAACGGCUUCAAUUUUUGCUCGACAGUUUCUCGAUCUUUGUUUUACAAAAGAUUAUCAUCAACGACCAACAGCUGACGACCUGUUAAAACAUCCAUUUAUACUCGAUCAACUGUCAUCCGUUCUGUAG